CUGGCAGCACUGCCUUGUUAUCGUUAUCGGAAACCGCAGCGCAACAGUAACGAAAUUCAAUAAACAAAUCCCAAUUGGAAGCUUAAUUUCAAUAAUAAUAACUUAUAAACUGCGUGAUGUCUGGCGACAAGGAUUUCGAUGCUAAGAAUGGCAUAGUGGAUGGACCGACGCCCCCGCACACGGAGCUGGCGGCCCUAUACAAGCAGAGCUUUGCCUACUACACGUUCCGCGUGCGACUGCCCUCGACCUUGGCCACCAUUGCUGAUUCCCUGGUCAAGGACAAGGACGAACUGCUGGCCACAUAUGGAGAGGCAGCGGGCGCGGAUAUUGAACAAACUACAAAGGACGUGCGGCAGUUGCGCGAGGAUAUACUGAGCAAUGGAAGCCUGCAGCCCUUUGCAGAGGGAAAGGAUGCCCAGCUGUGGAACACCUUCCUCGACAAGCUGCCCGCGGAGAAGAGAAGCUACUUUGCCGCCUGUUGGCUUUAUGCCGAGUGCUACAUGUACCGCCGCAUCUCGUCUAUCUUCCAGGCCACCAGCCAUAUGGCCCAGCACGACUACUUCAGCCGGCAGAAGCAGACGGCCGCCCGGCUGAGCGUGGACGCCAUGCUAGCAGUGGCCAGAGCCACGCGGCAGAACGAACGCAGCGCGGACACCUUCCGGCAGCUGGUCAAGCUGAAUCUCUGGGGCAAUCGCUGCGAUCUGUCGAUCACCUCCGGCAAACAGGUCAAGCCCACGGGCAAUGCCUUCGACCAGGUCACGGAUCUGGAGGAGAAGCUCCUCAUCGACGGCACCGCGGCGGUGUGGCAGGCUCUGAACGAGGGCUCUAGCGCGGGCAUUGUGGAUAUUGUCUUCGACAAUGCCGGCUACGAGCUGUAUACGGACCUCAUCCUGGCCGAGUACAUCAUCGACAAGGGGCUGGCGGCCAAGGUGCGCUUCUACCCGAAGGCCAUACCCUGGUUCAUCUCGGACGUUAUGGAGCACGACUACCAUUGGACGCUACAGUUCCUCGCCGACCAGCCGGACGCAGUGCUCAGUGAGCUGGGCAAGAAGUGGCAGCGUCUCACCAAGGAGGGCAGGUUUGAGCUCUCGCCGCUGGAGCACUUCUGGACGAGUCCCUACGAGUACUAUCGCAUGGCAGAGGUGAAUCCAGGGCUCUAUAACCGCCUGAGGGAGGCGCAGUUGGUGAUCUUCAAGGGCGACCUCAACUACCGGAAGCUGUUGGGCGACUUCUCUUGGGACAGCACCGAGUCCUUUGAGACCUGCUUAAGGGGCUUUCGUCCUUCGAAUCUCUGCACUCUGCGCACCGUCAAAGCAGAUCUAAUCUGCGGCCUGGGAGCCGGUGUGGCGGAACAGCUCUUUGCCAAGGACAAGGAAUGGAUGUUGACCGGCGAAUAUGGCGUCAUACAGUUUGCCAGCCAGUGAGACGGCGAUCCAUAUUGUUGAAUUGUUGUAGUCCUAGUUAAUGUAGCCCAAAUUGUUGAACAAUUAAAGCGGUUUUGUUGCCUUCGAGUCGA